AUAUGUCGCAGUCGGAUCGUAUAAUCCGCCGUAUUACAUUACGGCUAGCCGUUUUCAAAAACAGGGGCGUUUUGAAAUGCGGCGUUUCAACGAUUAGCCGGAUUGAAUACGGCUGAAUGAAAAUCCGCCGGAAUGUAUUCGGCGCCAUACGUUCUUCAACACGGCUAGCCGUAAUGUAAUAAAGCGAGUCAUUAGCCGCCGCUUUGACAGUUUUUAGUUCCCAUUUUUAACACUCGUGGCGCUGCCUGACAUAACAACAACAAUGGCGUCGGAUACAGAAAAUGUGUCGCUAAAUUGCGAAGUUAAUAGUGAAAUAAACAAAGAAAACGUGAUAAAUAUGACUGUGAACAGUGGCUUUAAGAACAAUUUUCAUGUACAAUUAAAGGAUUUCUAUUCUUCUCAAUGUGGAACAGUAAAGAAACCAUGGACAAAUGACCGAGUUUUAGAGGUUAUAACGCACAUCAAAACUGCUAAAGUAGCCAUGGAUUCUGGUGUCCGGCGGAAUCCUACACAAUAUUAUUGGUGUAAAAAAUAUGAUCUUAUGAAUGUGGGCGGUGAAGAUUAUUUGAUAUUAAAGAAAAGUAAUCCAGAAGACCCUACUAUUCGAGUAGUACCCAUGGAGCAGUAUUUUGAUACUAUAAUGGAAAUUCAUAAAGAAAGUGGCCACGGUGGGCGAGACAAAAUGUUGUAUUCUAUAAAAAAUAAACUUUAUAUUCAAAAAAGGGCAAUUGAAAUAUUUGUCUCCUUAUGCCCAAUCUGCGAAUCCAAACGUAACUUACCAAAAAAAAGUCUUGUUACAAAACCAAUUAUUUCAAAAGAUUUUAAUUGUAGGGGCCAAGUUGAUCUCAUAGAUUUACAGUCAGCAGCAGAUGAAGGUUACAAAUGGUUAUUAAACUACCAAGAUCAUGCCACAAAAUUCCUGCAACUGCGUCCGUUGCGGUCUAAACAGGCAUCUGAAGUUGCGCAACAGUUAAUUGAUAUUUUUUUGACCUUUGGAGCGCCGUAUAUUUUACAAAGCGAUAACGGGCGCGAGUUCACUGCCAAAAUAAUUGAGGAGAUGGUAAAAAUGUGGCCAGAAUGUAAGAUUGUUCAUGGACGCCCUCGUCACCCACAAACUCAGGGUAGCGUGGAACGCAGUAACCAAGAUGUCGAAAAUAUGCUCCGCACUUGGAUGCGUGACAACAAUUCAACAAACUGGUCUUUUGGGUGUAAGUUUGUGCAAUAUCAAAAAAAUGCGUCAUUUCAUCGAAUAAUCGGUAGAUCUCCUUAUCGUGCGUUAUUUGGAUGCGAUCCAAAAUCUGGUCUGCAAAGUUCCAACAUUCCUGGAAGUGUCCUUCAACAUAUUUACGCAGAAGAGGAUUUGGAUAAUAUUGUUGAUCCCAUUCAUGAACAAGAUGUGGUUGUUGCUGUAGAUGUGGUUGAUGCUGUAGAUGUGGUUGAUGCUGUAGCAACUGACUCUAAAAAUAACAACAUGGAUAUCUCUAACACUGCAAGUGUCACUGCAAGUGACAAGCAAGACGCAUUUGAUAAUUUAGAAAUACCUGUGCAAAUUCUAAGCUCCAUAGUACCAAAUAAAAAAUCAACUGCAACAAUAUGUUCAACGCAAUCUUCAAUCAAAUGCGUGACAAGAGACGUCGAAAUUAAUGAUAUUUCAGAGCACAUAAUAGUAAGUGCUGAUGGUAUUCUCGUGAACAGUAAAACUAACAUUGACAAUAACGGUAAUGUGAUCAGUGCUGUUGAGGUAAUUAAUUCAAAUGAUUUGUGUGAUUCAAAUUGUGUGGUCUGUGGACAACCUAGUAGUGGGGCUCAUCAGUGUUAUUCUUGCUUCAAACCAGUGCACACUAUUUGUGGAUUAACUGAUGGCACUGAAGGGUACGGAUCGAAAGUGCUGUGCGCAUUAUGCAAUAACCAAAAAAUUAUUAUAAACGAACGAGAAAAAGCACAUCAAGGUGUAAAACGUGCAGCAGAAAAAAUGGUUCACGACACAAAGACUGCCUAA